AAUCACAUUAUUGGGACUGGAAAGUUGCACACCUCACAAGGCAGCUGUUAUGUUUGCAUAUGGGCUAAUAAAACUAAUAAAAGAGCUCAAAAAGGUUUACUACUAGCCUUCGUCUUCUAUUUGACAAAUUUAUUCUUAAACUUUCUCCAUUUGCAAGCCAGCAUGCAUGAGACCAUCCUCAAAAUGUGUAACCAUGCAAAUAUAAUUGCAAUGUAGACUCGUACAUAUUUAGCAAAUUCUGAUUUUUAGAGUGAUAUUUACAAAAUAAUAGGAUCACCACAUGACAAUUUCUUCAAGCUCCACAUAUUAACAUACCUCAACAAAAAGCACCAAAACUCUUUCUUUUCCCCUCUCUCCUUUCUAGAGCCAUCUUUGCAUUUUACUAAAAAUCAAAAGGUUGACAUUAUCUAAGAUCUUAUUAGAUCAAGACGGAGAUCUUUUGUAUUGUUUGUCUGUUUUGUUUUGGUUGGAGGAAUCAAUAAUGGGGUUGGAAGAUGAGAAGAAGGGAGGAGAAGCUUCAGGAGAGACAUCAGAAAAAGAAACAGGGCUGAGCAGAAAAAACAGUGAUAGCUCUUUGUCUCCGACAGAAGAUGAUGACGAAGACGAGAAGAAGCCCCAGCUCGGUCCCAUGAUUGCUCUCAAAGAACAGCUUGAGAAAGACAAGGAUGAUGAAAGCUUGAGGAGAUGGAAGGAACAGCUAAUCGGCGUGGUGGAUUUGGAAGAUGUAGGAGAGACACCGGAUCCAGUAGUAAAGAUACUAGACUUAACAGUUAGGUCUCCAGACAGAGAGGAGAUGGUAUUAACGAUACCUGAUGAUGGAUUACCUAACCCUAAAGGUCCUUGGUUCACCAUAAAGGAAGGAUCUAAGUACACACUUGUCUUCAACUUCCGUGUCACCAACAAUAUUGUUUCGGGCCUUCGCUAUAAUAACACCGUCUGGAAAACCGGUGUCAAGGGUAUUUUUAUCUUUCUUCUUGUGUCUUGGGGUAAUCUUAAAAAUGUCUCAAUGUCCUCUUCUCAUGUUUUGGUGUCUCUUUCUUUUGGAGCAGUUGAUAGUACGAAAACAAUGCUUGGGACUUUUAGUCCUCAAGCUGAGCCAUACCAACAUGUGAUGCCUGAAGAAAUAACACCGUCUGGUAUUUUCGCUAGAGGAUCAUAUUCCGCAAGAACUAAGUUUAUUGAUGACGACAGUAAGUGCUACUUGGAGAUCAACUACACCUUUGACAUCCGCAAGAAUUGGCAAUGAUCCACUGAAUUCAACAUUCUCUCCAGUCUAAACCUAUAUAGAGCAAAGCUCUUUUGAUAACACAAAUAUUUUCAAUCUUACAUUCAACUUUGAAGACUAGAAAACUUAUUUAGUUUUUUUUAUUAAAUGAGCAUUAAAGAGAGAUAUUGUUUGAGUGUUUAUGGAGGUUUUUUUUUUUUUGUAACUGGUGUUUAUGGAGUUUUUCCUCUUCACUUUUCUCGUGAACAUAACGGGUUAUAAGCUGCACCAACCUUCUUUUUUUUUUUUUUUGAAUUUAACUUUCUUUGAUUUACCUAUACUUUCUUUGAUUUAAUAAUGUAAAUCAUUUCAGAAGUAUUUUUUGUUCCAAAAUAGAAGUUGUUUUCACACUUAAAUGUAACCUUUUUACUUAUUGUGAUAUUAUGUGACCAA